AUGCUGUACCGCGCUGCCCUCCGCCGUUCCACCCAGGCCCUCCGCACCCCGGUCGUCCGCCGCACCUACUCCUCUGCCCAGGGCGGCUUCGAGGGUGCUGCUGACAACGCCUUCAACCGCGAGCGCGCUGCCGUCAAGCAGCACGCCGCCGAGACCAGCGACCUCUGGCGCAAGCUGUCCAUCUACGUCGUCAUUCCCGCUCUCGCCAUCUCUGGCGCCAACGCCUACAGGCUGUGGAGCGAGCACUGGGAGCACGAGGCCCACGCGCCCCCGCUUGAGGAGCGCACCGAGUACCCCUACCAGAACCUCCGCACCAAGAACUUCUUCUGGGGUGACGGUGACAAGACCCUCUUCUGGAACGACAAGGUCAACUACCACAAGAAGGACGAGUAA